AUGGCUAGCAAUCCCUUGAGCCAACAGCUUAGCACCAUGAGGCAAUCAUUCUACGAGGAGGGACUGUUGGAUCAUGGACAAGUGAAUUAUCUUGAGACUCUUGAAAAUGAAGAUGAUCCCGACUUCAUUGAAAAUAUUUUCACCUUGUUUUUAAGGGAUUCAUCUAAAUACAUUGCUUCUAUUGAGAAGGCUUUGGAGGAUGAUUUUCCCUUCAUCCUUGAAAGAAUGAUGUAUCGGCUUAAGGGCAGUAGUGCCAGCAUUGGUGCGACCAAAAUCAAUGACGAAACCAAUAAACUCAGGGGAUUUUGCCAUGAAGGGGAUUUAGAAAGUGCCAAGGCGUCUCUCCAAAAACUGAAAGCAGAACAUGCCAAUUUCAAGCAAAAGCUUGCUGUUUAUGUUGGGAUAAUGAAGCAAGUCAAGCUCUCUGAGUAUUGA